AUCGCACUAGACGGCUCCUGUCCACUCGCCACUUCAGUUCGGCGCGGGAUACCGCUCGUGGUGUACGUUCAUGAAAUUAUAUUAUCGAUGUUCUAUCGAUGCCGAUGGAAAACUUUUAAAGAAAUAAACUUUGUUGUGGAAAAAGUACAGAUAUGUGUGUAAACUAAAUUUAUUUGAUCAAAAGCAGUUUUGGACAAUGUCUAGCAGAAGUUGCUUUUAAUUUGUAACUCUUUCGAGCGUUUUGUCUCUGAUAGCCGAGACUUUGGUUGAGUGUGGACGACGUUUGAAGUGUCGACGAUGUUGGUGUUCCUACUGAGUGUCAUGUUUAUUGCAAGUGGUGGUGGGGCGCAGCUGGGGGAGGCAGACAACUGUGACCCCAGCGAGUUGAACAUAUGCGUCGAGCUGAUCCCGCGCAAGCCAGUGGGCCUGCCCAAGAAUAGGGAGGAGCUCGACGCACACUGCGCGGCAUACCAGACAGGCAUGGCGUGUAUGGACUUAUGGAUCAAGCGCUGUCUGCCGACCGACGGACAGAAGCUGGUGCAACAACAGAUAGGCGGCGCACGCGUUCUCAUGCGCUUCCUCUGCACCAAUGAAACCGCGAUGAGGAGAGAGUUUCUUAAGGAGCCCACCUGCUGGGCGCGGGUAUCCCCGGACUGGUCAAGCUGUGUCAACGAGCUGCAAGCUGCAGUCCACGACAUCGCCGAGCGGUCGCAGCAGCUCGCCUACUUCAAUAGGAACGCAGAGCUUUGCUGCGCUCGUGAUGAGUUCAUGUCCUGUGUGGUGCACGCGGGACGAACAUGCUCGAGCGCCGCUAGCACGCUGCUCCGGCGCAUGGCGUGGGUGUUAGCGCAGGACGUGGCUGCGUGUACGCAGCAGCCGCGCGCGUUCUGCGCCGCUUCGCCCCCGCCGCUCACCGCGCCGCUGCUCACCGCCAUCUCUGGCAUCAUACUCUACCCUCCGCGUCUGUAAUUUCAAUGUGGGUUGAUGAAUGCGUUAUAUUAAGUGAGACGAGGUAUUUAGGUAGAUUAAAAUUUUAGGGUCUGUUCUAAAU